AGUUUAUUAUGCCUGUGGUUUUAAUCACUUUUCAUAAAGCUUCAUUUUGGACUGCCAGCCAAUGCUUUAAACAUAUUGUCUUUUGUUGAUUGUAAGUAUUUUGGAUGUACACCAAAUGAAAGCCCCAGGUCAAUCUAAUCAUCAGACAUUCACACAUUGUGUUUAUUCCGCUGUUCCUAUCAUAAAUUAUUAUAUUUUGUGUAAUUAGGAUUUUUUAAUAUUUUGGAAAUGGAGGACCUAGGAGUUUAACAAAUCUGAGGAUAAUAUUUUGCCAUUAUAUUGAUUCACACAGCCACCCUCAUUCUUUUCGGAUAUUCAAAGUGCCAUCAACUAUAGUUUAAAUAGGUACCACUAACCCAAUGGGGAAAUUAUGGAUUUUUAUUUCAAACGCAUUGAGGAUGGAAUGCUGUAAUUCCCGUUGUAAUUGGACAAUAAAGGGGAAUCACACACUGGUCCUAAGUGGCGGGAGGGAUGAUCGAUCAUUCCACUGCGAGUUCAGAGGGCCUCGUAAACACAUUCACACCUCUCUUUCAUUUAAAUGCGGGAUAAGUUAUAGCAUAUUAUUGAAAAAUCGAGUUCCACAACAACCUGCAUUUCAAUGCUGUCUGGGAGAGUAAAGCCCAAUCCACAAACGAAGUGGCCUCCAACAUAACUUGAAACCAAGAGAAGCCGAGAAAGAGUAGUCUUGACUGUUGCCUAACCAACUCGGCACACAAUUUUGUAAUAUUGUGUUCUGAAAAUACAUGACACAAUGUUUAUCAUUACAAAGGUAAUACAACAAAAACUGCGGCAAUAAUAAACUAAUAUUAAUUCGAUAUUAAUAAUACUAACACUGAAUAACAAAUAUAUAUAUAAAAAACAGAUAGGCAUUUAUGACGAAUACAAAAUAUGAUUUAAGCUUAAAAUGAGAAUCCACUAUUCGCCCAAGUAAGCUAUUUUAAACUUGAAAUAGGCUUCCACCUGCUUUUAAGGUAAUAUCGAAUUGCUCCAAAAAAAAUGUAGCCUAUAUACAAAAGUCUCUAAAAAAAGGUUAAAAAAACAAGUCAAUCAAUUCGUGUGUUCCUCCUUGUACCAACUCCCUCCCAAUCACUAUCAUUUCUGACUCGAGGAAAACAUUCUCCAAACUGAUGGCCUCUCAAAGAUUACCCUAUCAGGUGCAAACCGCUGACACGUUUCCACCCACCACCAACAGAAAAACCUCACUGUGCCCAAAUCCUUAGCCGCAGAUACUCCACUGACAGGCAUUACACCAUCGCCCCUGCUACGAAGAUCUGCCGCUGCGUUAGAUUCAGGUUUCAUAUUUAUAGCUACCCUCUGGAUAACACCAACGUUUUAUCAGAACGCGAGGUAUUCCACGUAAAAAAAUAUAUAUCUAUAUUUUCAUAUUCGAUUUUACGCACUUGUCCCCUUUUGCCAUUUUCCCACUGUGGAGUCGGAAGAUGUAAAAUGAUCCUUGCAAUGUGUAGAUAUCCCCCGCAGGUACGGACGGAACUGAAGUACCUCUGAUCUUUGGAGGAGCACCUUUGGGAGGAAAGAGGGUGCGCGCAAUGGAUUUUUAAACAAGGGGAAAUCUACUCAGCAAUGGUUGCAAGUUGAAUAUUUCCACGCCUGGCAAGACACCGCUGUCUAAACGGACCGUGAGAGCGGAGCUAGGAGAUUUGGAGGCGAGAAACAAUACGUUACCUUUUCCCUCUGGAUCAUUUUCUUACAACAAGGAAGCACCUAAUGUUGCAUGCAGUGACAUUUUUGCACUCCAGUUAUUUAUCAUUACACUGGGAUUCAAAGGCACCUCCGGGAUUGUGUGCGUAAGGACGCUGGCGGGUCUAUCCUCAACUUCUCUCGGGGCUUUAAAACUGUGGAAACAGGUGUAUUUCAGCAAGUCAAGAUGUCUGUUGUGCCUUCGAGGUUCAUAUACCUGUGUUUACAUUUUCUGGUCCUCUAUUUCCAGCUCCAGGAAUCUCAACAGAGCUCAGCCGAUUUCAGGAUCUAUAUUGAGAACCACACGCGGAACCCGGAUGACCUGAGCCGGAAGCAGAUCCGUAUCUACCAGCUGUACAGCCACACCACGGGCAAGCAUGUCCAGAUCCUGGGCAAGAAGGUCAACGCCAACGGAGACGAUGGGGGCAAGUACGCUCUUCUUGUUGUCGAGACGGAAACCUUUGGGAGCCAUAUUCGAAUAAAAGGGAAGGAGAGUGAGUAUUACAUCUGUAUGAACAAGAAUGGCAAAAUAGUUGGAAAGCUCAAUGGAAGGAAUCAGGAGUGCGUCUUCGUGGAAGAAUUCUUGGAGAACAAUUACACAGCUCUCGUGUCGGCCAAGUACAAAGGGUGGUACCUAGGCUUCAACAGGAAGGGGAGGCCCAAAAAAGGAUCGCGGACCACACAAACACAACAGGAAGUGCAUUUCAUGAAACGCCACCCGAAGGGCAAGGUGGACCCACUGGAAGAGUUCCGUUUCACUACAGUAACUAAGCGGACACGAAGGGCGCGUCGCUUAAAACAGAACCCCGAAACUAACUGAUGGUCCGAUGGGACAUCAGACACACUGUUUUCCCAAGGAAAUCAUGAGAUUCUUGCCUUAAAACACCUUGAAGACUUUUGUAAAAAAAAAAAAGAACGACGACAAAAAAAGAACAAACAUUUCAAAGAUGUUUUAUUUUUAUAUUUCAGGAACAUUGAACAUCUCCCAAAUGUUGGGUGUUUCUGGGUUGUUAUAAUUAUUAUAAUGUGUCUUAUUUUAUUUAUAUCGGAUAACUAAGGAUGACAAAGGGCCCUUAUUGCUUAUCUUCGGCUCCUUUGAAUUGCAAACUGAAGGCAUAUUUCAUGACAAUGAGGGUGGGAAGCAUGAGUUUAUAAAUGUUAUAGAAAGAAAGCGCUAGAUUUUAUUGGAAUACCUGUCAGUUUUGUUUGUGUCAUCCCCCCCCCCGACAACACGGAUCGCGUAUUUCUACUGGAAUCAGACGCCAGGGAGACGAGACGGAAAGAGUUGACAGUGGCAGGUGACACAGUCUACCUAGAUAACUGUGUAGCUUUGAGUGCAAUAUUUGACAGUGCCCACUCUCCCUCCCCCAACACUCCCUCCGCGUUGAUACCUUUUGCCUGAAUCGUUGCCUACUCUGGAUGGAAUGCGCUGAACACGUUGUGUACAGUGUGAUUUCCUAAGACAUUUUUUGUUGUUGUACAACUGAUGAUUCAACAUGCUUUGACUAGCCAGGCAUCAGACAGACGGGGUCGUAGUUUUGUUUAACCUGAGUUGAUGUGGCUCAGAAGUUAACUGGCUAUUACGAUGGGAAACGUAAUAUCACACCUUUAACCUUACGUGUCUUACUGUGGUAGAAAGUUGGAGAAAAAAAAGCCUAAUGAAUACUGGACAGCUUUUGAAACAUUGCCUUAUAUGAUGUUAUCUGAUAUACUUCAGAAUCAUUUUUUUUGACACAGAGCUAGCUUUCUGUUACUAUUAACAUCUGCAUCCACCAAUUUUGCCCUGCUUUUCAUAGGCCUACAACCAAAAGGUGGAUUGUAUUCCUGGUUGUUCAUGGUGCACCCCAAGCACCCAUGUUCAAAGAGACAUCCCAAAAACUGUCAAUUUUUAACAAUGUGUUCAACCAAGCCAGUUAUAAUGUCGAGAGCACUGAAUUGUUCAAAUGUGUACUUAGACAGGUAUAGAGUCAUCCUAUCCACCCACUAUCUCUGUAUCGUAAGACCUAACUCUCAAACCCUGAAAACCAUACAACCAGAAAUAUGCUUAUUUUGGAUUCAGGAAACGACUGCAGCCAUUACUAGACCUGACAACCAGGGGAGUUGUGAUCCCUACAGAACAUUGUAGAUCAUUACCAUUGAUGACAAAGUUCAGCCUCUAUUCCUGGGUAGAGCUGUAGUAGCCUAUAUAUUUGUCUACCAACUGACAGGUUUUGUAUGAGAUGCUACUAACAACAAGACACAUUUAUGUUUUUUUUUUUAAAUGUAUGCAAAACAAUUUUAUGACUAUUAUAAGAUAUUUAUUGCCUUUCUUUGUAAAUACAAUGUGAUGAAUUUAUUUGGCCUCUGUUAAUAAAAUGAGGACUAUAUUUAAAA